AUGCGGAAGGAAAGAAUGGAAAAUCUAACAACUACUGGAAAGAUUGCAGGGAAAAGAGACCGCGGUCAACAACGAAUAACAUUCGUGAAGUCCUUGUGUCACUUGUUGAAUAUCACCACAUUUCAACUACUACAAAGUGUUGAAGAUCGGGUUUUGUGGAGUUUAUAUAAAAUUUAUAGAAAAAAUUUGAAAUUUUGCAAAGAAAAUGAGAGAUUUGAGGUUGCCAGUGCUUCAACCAGCAUACCAUUCAUUCUCUUAGCUUUGUUGAAGUUACUGAGUAGCCAGUUGGAGGUGGGGAAUGGGCUAUAUUUGUUAGGUUCAAAGUUGAAGUUGAUACUGUUGUGUAGAGAAAGUAACUACAUAAAUUACAUUUACGAAUCCGCUUUCUCUGCUGGAAAUCUUUAUGCUACUGGGAAACCUGACAGUAAACCUGACUACGAAGCACCCUUUUUGAAAUUCAACAAGAGGCACCAUACCAUUCAAAUUUUAACUGCUCUCAACGCAGAGCCGGAGCGUAUCUACCAUUACGUAGGACGGGCGCCUUCAUUGCAAGAAAAUGAUUUACAGCGAAUCCAGUCAGCCAAUGAUAAAUAUACAUACAGCGCGUCAAACCCACGCAAAUUGGGCGGCAAAUUGAAUAUAGAUUUUUCCUCCACUCUAUACUUUAUUACCUUGGAUAACACUACAGGACAUAAACGAAACUACAAGACGACACUAGACGUCUUACGACACCAGACGCCACAAAACACUAGCCCAACACCACAAGAUAAACCAUAA